AUGUUUACAGAGGAUGAUGUUUCUCAAAUAAUUGAUCCUACUCCACAACUCCACAGAGGAUCAGGUAAGCUGCCACACUCACGAUGGCUACCUCUGCACAAAUUGAUGCAGACUCUGCCACAAGUAAGAUGGCUACUGCCACCUUCUAGGUGGCUACUAGAGGAAGAGUUGCCACAACAAAUAUGGAUGCCGAAACAGAAGAAUUAUCUAAAUUUUAAGGCGUACUUCCUUCUCGAUCUAUGGAAACCAUAACAACUUUGCUAAUAGCAUCUGACUCAGUAUGGGAAAUCCUACAAGAUAUACAGAAAGAUUUGAGAGAAUUUAGAAAUGAAGUUAGAUCAGAGUUUGCGACAAUGAAGCAGAGUGUUGCAAUGCUGGAAUGUAGAGCGGAUACUACUGACGACAUUCUAACAAAUCAUGCAGUGGAAAUUGAAGAUCUUCAAAAAAUUUUUACAGGCUACUAA